AUGAAUAAUGAUAAUAAUAAUAAUCCAAACAACAACAACAACAACAAUAACCAAAAUAACUUUCUUUCCCCAUUUCCUCAUCCAUUAUUAGACUUAGAGCAAUUUUUAGAGUUUGGAUCUUCAUUUCAAUUUAAUUAAUUUCUCAAUUUCUAUCCUAUUGGAGAAUAACAAUAAAGAUAAUUUUUUAGAAUGAAUGCAUUUACUUCAAGGUCAUCCAAUUAAGACGAAGAAUUUAUGCUUUAUAUUUAAAAUCAAAGUAGACGAGAACCCUCAUCUCCUAGGUUAUAAUUUCAAUUAAUUCAGAUAAAAGAAUUCCAACCUUGAUAAGUAUAUGUAAAAGAGAGCCAUUCCAAUUCAUAAUGAGGAAUUAAACAAAAAUGAACCAUAUAUAAAAGUUACUGUGUUGAGAAAUAUUAAUUAUCCAAAUACUAUUCAUUCAAAUGAAUACUUCAUAAAUUAACAAGGGUAAAUUUUACAAGGAAUUUUAGUCUCAUUGGCUCUCAUAAAAAUGCUGAUUCUGAAGACAUUCUUAUAGGAAGAUCUCAUAGAACAGAAAUCAUUCCAAAUGAUAUAAGUAAUAACCCUUUAAAUUUUUAGUGCUUCCAGAAGAUAGAAUUAUCUCUAGAAUUCAUUGUAAAUUAGUGUGCAAACAUUAUUUUAGAAAAGAAUAAAAAAUUAAACUAAUUUAUAUAUUAGCAAUAUAAAACAUAAGAACUUCAUCUAAUUUUCCAUUACCUAAAAGGGCUAUGUAGAUCAUUUCUUAAUUUUUAGAGUACAUUUAUUUUUAAUAAUGUUUUUAGAUAUCCAAGACAUGCUUAUGUUUAAGAUUUAGGUAGUUUAUGUGGAACUCAUUUUAAAAUUUAAAAAAAUGAACCUAAUAUUAUGAAAUAUGAUCAAAAGUAUAGUAUUGGUAGUGAUACACAUUUUAAUGUCCUAUUUUGUGAAUCUUAUAAAGAGAAAGGAAUUGAAAUAGAUGAUUAAUUCUAUAGAUUAUUAAGAAAAAUAAGUCGACUUAAAUAAUUAAAACAUGAAAUUCAUUUUAGUGGUUAAUGUUUGCUUGAUAGAUUUUAGAAAACACAAACAUAAGAAGAUGAUAUUGAAGAAUUAAAAAUUAAAACUGAAGAUUAUAAAGAAAUUUAUAAUAAGCUAAAAGAAUAUAAAAUAUCUAUUAUUUCUAUCAAAUUUAAUGGAUCUGGUAUUGAUACAGGAAAAAAUUAUAAUCUUUUUAUUCAUCCAGAAAAUUAGGAUUCCAUUGAAUUUUAAAUAGGAAGAGGUUAAGAAAACCAUGUUAAAAUUAAUUCAAAUACUAUAUCAAGGAAAUAGAGUAGAUUUAAAUAUUCAAAAAGGUAUUAUUACAAACUAAUUUAGCAUGAAAUCAUGGAUAAUAUUUGAUGGAUCUAAAGAAAGAGAUUCUGCUAAUGGUACUUGGGUUUCAUUGUCAACAAUAGAAUAAGCAGAAAAGAAGUAAGAAUCAGAUCUAAUUGUCUUAAAAAAUAAUGCAGAAAUCAAAAUUAGUGAAUUUAUCCUAAAAAUUGAAAUGUUUUAAGGAAAGUAAGAAAUUAUUAUAUAAAUUCAUAUUAGGAAAUAAAAUAAAAUUAAUAAGCAAUUACUAAAUGAACUAAAGAGCGAAUGA